AUGCAAUCCAUGCAAAUAAAAGAUGAAAAGAAAGAAGAUAACGAUGAUCAGCACGAGCAAGUUGAUUCUGCCUCUGCCCUCCAACAAUAUCUUGAUCACAUACCAAUUACCUCAAUAUCUGGCAUAUACAAUUCACUAGUGUUGGAAAUAAAAGUUGGAGACACUGUAAGGGAUGCAAUUCAUAUGUUGUACGAAAACAAGACCUUUGGUGCAGCCAUUGUUGAUGUUUUGGACACUGAAACAUCCGGUGUCAGAUUUUCCAAUCGAUAUAUCGGUUUCAUUUUGUUUCCAAACAUCGUUCUUUGGUGUCUCGAGGAAUAUGAAAAUAUGAAGGAAGAUGCCAAUGGCAGACACCUUAAAGAUAUUGAGAAUGAUGACCUUUUCUCCAUUCUGGACCAGAUUCCUCAGAUUGGGCAAACCAAGGUUGGCGAGUUGGCUAAGUCGUUCCUCUGGGAACCGUUUUUUCCGGUACGCUUGGAUGACACAAUUCUGCACGCAUUGCUACUUCUUUCUAAGCAUAGUCUGCAUGUUUUGCCUGUCAUACAACAACCUGAUGCUGCUGCACUCAUCGGUUUUGUUACUCAGAAUGCUCUAGUGGAAUUACUUCUUCAAUCAAGCGAACUUGAGUGGUUUGAUAAUAUUGCAAACAAGAACCUGUUAGAUUUCCGAUUUGAAGCCCAAGAACAUCCUAGAUGUGUAUUUGGGAACCAAACUGUUGCAGAUGCUUUGAAGCUGCUAUGGCAGAACCAAAUCUGUACAGUUGCAGUCGUGGAUCGACAAACCAAGAAGCUCAUCGGUAAUGUGAGGAACAGUGACAUUUAUAAUCUUGUAAAGAACAAGGAUCUCCUUAGAAAUAGAAGGAUUGUAACUGUUGAAGAAUUUCUCCGCACAGAGACCGACACAACAGACGCUGAACCAAUCACUGAAAAUGAUCAUGGUGCUGAUCAAACUACAGGAAGUCUCCACCUGAAAAACAGCUUCAAAUCCAGAAUGGAUUUGCCGGUAACCAACAAGGAAAACGACACGCUAAAGCAAGUAAUGGAGCAAAUGACAAAGACUAAUAGCUGUUUCAGUUUUCUGAUAAAUGAUAACAAGCAAGUUACUGGUUUGAUAACAGUGAGAGAUAUAAUUCUGCAAUUUGCACCUCCAUGUGUGAAUUCUAGUAUUGGAGGAGGUGGAUUUUUUGAAUUGGCUUUGGAGCAGAGUAGAUGUCAUAUUAGUAAUGGAACUAUAAUUCGUAACCAUUGA